UCCAAUAUUCAUGGUUAGAAAAAUAUUCAUGGUUGGUUUAUUCAAAAAAAGAUGAAGGGGCUUACUGUCGGCACUGUGUAGUGUUUUCCAAGCAUGGAGGAGUUGGAAACCAAUUAUUGGGGCAACUUGUACUAACACCAUUUUGCAAUUAUAAAAAUGCCCUCAAAGCAUUUCAAGAUCAUGCAAAGACUUCCUACCAUGCAUCAUCUGUUUUAAAGUCCCAGCAUUUUUUAAAUAUUAUAGAUCACACACAGCCAUCAAUAAUUGAAUGCAUAGAUACAAAUCGAUUGGCUCAAGUACAACAAAAUAGGAAAAGAUUAGUUCCUAUUAUUGAAUGCGUUUUGUUGUGUGGAAAGGAAGAAAUUCCUCUACGAGGCCAUCGAGACUUUGGGAAAAUAGUGAUUGAUGAUAUGAACUCUAGGGAGGGUAAAUUUCGUGCUAUUUUAAAGUAUAGAGCGAAAGGAGAUGAACAUGUAAGAAACAUGUUAGAAGAUGGUGGUAAAAGAAAUAAAUAUACCAGUCCUAUAAUCCAAAAUCAAAUAAUUGAGGCUUGUAAUAAAAUUAUACUUAAAAAGAUAGUUGAUAGAGUAAAUUCAUCUAAAUGUUUCUCUAUAUUGGCCGACGAAACUACAGAUGUAGCCACUAAUGAACAACUAUCUUUAAGUGCACGUUAUGUGGAUGAUAAUGAUAUUUUGCACGAAGAUUUUCUUCAAUUUUUUGAAAUCAAUAGUUUGACUGGAUCAAAUUUAGCUUUGUCUAUAUUGAAUGGUUUAAAUAGCUGUGGUAUUGAGUGUGACUACUUGUAUGGCCAAGGCUAUGAUGGAGCCAGUAAUAUGGCAGGGAAAUUUAAUGGGGUCCAAGCUGUGAUUAGAGCUGCACAUCCAAAAGCACUUUACGUGCAUUGUGCAGCACAUUCAUUUAAUUUAGCCAUAUGUACAUCAAGUAACAUACAAUCUGUUAGAAAUUGCUUAGGAAUAGUUGAGCGACUGUAUGUGUUUUUUAACACACCUAAAAAGAAAAAUGCAUUGAUCAAUGAAAUUGAAAAAAGCGACUCCAUACCUAAUUCAAAUGCUAGGACCCUUAAAAGACAAUGCGCAACAAGAUGGGUUCAAAAAUAUGAGUCAUUAAAUGACUUUGUUGAGUUAUUACCAUUUGUAGUAAAAACACUGGAAACAAUUUAUUCUACGUGGGGUGUGCCAUCUUCUAUUGAUGCUAAUGUUUUAUUAAAAAGUGUAUUGGAUUCUGAGUUUCUGGUUUCUUUAUAUGUUACAAAGGUACAUUUUUAA